AUGUCAUUUGUGGCCCAAUUCCACGCGCGUAGACUCGUCAUACGAGGCGUUUUACGCGCUCCAGGACGUCUAUACGCGGCGGACUCGACCAAACAAGGAAGCACUGGCGGGUUUGAGCCAGCUGCGGCUGUUCCUAACACGCCUUCUCCUUUUCAAAUGACACCUGAAAUGAUUCGACAGCAGAAAAAGUCGGAAGAGGCGACGCGGGUACCAUUGGACAAGCGAGGAUACGACACAAAGAGCUUGCUUGUAGCAUUUGGGAGAAAGUGCGAAACAAAACUCCCCGACGUCGAUACGCUCAGCUGGGAAGAAUUAUUCCGACUCAACGGCCAAAAGCUGGACAAGAUGGGUCUCACCGUCCAGGAAAGAAGGUAUCUCCUGUGGUGUCUCGAAAAGUUUCGACAAGGCGAAGAUCCAAAGGUGUACGCGCGAGAGCCACAGCCAAAGAAGACGCAGAGAGGGUGGGGACCGCCGAUCCGUAAGAAGACUGUACCGAUCAAGCCAUAG